AGAGCUGUGUCUCUCUCACAAAAUUAAAAAGAAAAACCAUUAAAAAAAAAUUUAAAUAUUGGCAAAAAUUUUCAAGAACUUUUGUAAUUUUGUAUAAUAAUAUUCGAAUGGAGAUCAAUUGAGAUUUUCCAAUUUUGUAUUUGAUUUGGUGUUACAAAGUUAUUAGUGCCCUCGCAAAAAAAUAAUCUAUUUUAACUUUCACUUUAAUAUUAAAUUAAUAAUUUAAAUAUCAUGGCUUUACCAGCGGCACAACCAGCUGAAGUUCUGCGGGCAUACCAAAAAGAUGAUCUCUACGAGAAACAACUUGCAGGUUCCCUUGCCAGACUUGUACCUUCUUAUCAUGCAUCAAAAGCUAUACCUAUAUCCUCAUUACUUUAUAAAUCAUUCACAACGCUCAAGGACUUGCAAACUUUGGGAGAAGAAUAUUCUGGAAUUGUUCAAGUUGAUGACACAUAUCACCGACUACCUUCAUUUAGCAAUCGGCUUUUUAGCAUUUUACUCUCAGCAUCUGGAGAAGACUUAACUCGAAGGUUACUUGGACAUAUGGAAAAGCAAAUUGUACAAAAUUCAUCCCUGAAGCCGCAAGCUCAAAAUGUAAUUCUAGUUAUAUUGAAAACACUUAAUCAUGUUGUUCCACAAAUUGAAAGUAUACAUCGAGCGCUAUCAUAUAUAAAUGGAGGUCCUUUGCAAAUUGGUAAAACAGUUACUGGUAUUGAUUAUGUACAUGUACGACCAGCUGCAGCAGCAUUUUAUGCUCAUUUAAGGUUAUUAGGCAUAGUCACCUUGAUACAUGCUUUUAUAUCAUGUGGACAAAGUUUAUACCAAGCUAAGAAGCAUAUGGAUGACAUGUCAGACUUUCCUAAUGAGAUUGAUAGUACCAAAUCUUGUAUUGCAUGCUUAGAAGAGAUAGUUCAGCCUUGUGUACUACAAUGUGGCCAUCUAUUUUGCAUGCAAUGCUGUUAUGGUGCAUUAGAAAACUGUCCUUUGUGUCGUUCUCCAUUUACUAAGAAUACUGUUGUGCCUCUGAUGAAUUACAGGCCAUAACCAAGAAAAUAUAAGGAACUGGUUAUAUUGUAUAGAAUAAUAAUUUAUAUUUGGGUAAUAAAUUUUAUUUUUGUUAA